CUUCCUCCCGCCGCGGGCGCCGGCCCAGCCGGAGGAAGCGCGGCACGAUGAGCGCGGGCGACGCCGUGUGCACGGGCUGGCUCGUCAAGUCGCCCCCCGAGAGGAAGCUGCAGCGCUACGCCUGGCGCAGGCGCUGGUUCGUGCUGCGGCGGGGCCGCCUGAGCGGCGACCGCGACGUCCUGGAGUACUACCGCAGCCAGCGCGCCCGCAAGCCCAUCCGCGCCAUCGACCUCAGCGAGUGCGCCGUCUGGAAGCACGCGGGCCCGGGCUUCCUUCGUAAGGAAUUCCAGAACCAUUUCGUGUUCGUUGUCAAGACUGCAUCUCGCACGUUCUAUCUGGUGGCCAAGACGGAGGAGGAAAUGCAGGUGUGGGUGCACAGCAUCAGUCAGGUGUGCAACCUCGGCCACCUGGAUGACAUAGCAGAUUCUGUGGAGAGCGGCUCUCGCGCGCCUUUCUGCGUGCAGCCCUCCGCCGCCAGCUCCCUUCACACCGCCCCUGCUGUCAGCUCCCUGCCAAGAGAUGACCCGAGCACUAGUACGGUAGCCACUGAGAAAACCGGAAGUGAGUCAGGGUUUCUCUUCCUUCCUGAUUAUCUGAUUCUGUCCAACUGCGAGACGGGAAGACUGCACCACGCCAGUGUCCCCACCAGAUGUGACAGCUGGUCAAACUCGGAGCGCUCCCUGGAACAGGCAUCCUUCGACGACGUUUUUGUGGACGGCCCGCAGCCACUGCCCUCCGGGAACCUGGCCUGCCCCUCACGCUCUGGGAACAGUUCUCAAGAGGCCCCUUCCACGAGGCCCCAGGCUGCCCUGAUCUGGACAAGAGAUGUCAAUGGCCCGUCCAGGGACCACUUUUCUUUACCAGUGCUGGAAACUUCCUUAAAUUCCACCGUCCAGCGAGAUCAAAACCAAGCUUCCUUGCCCUAUGGGGUAAAAGGACUAGAUGUUAUGUCCAACACGCCACCUCCCCGCCCCCCUAAGCCGAGCCAUCUCUCUGAACGGCGCCACGAGGAACAGCUCCCGUGUGGUGGGCCCAGUGGCAUCAAGAAGCCAGAAGGCACUGUGGUACCGAGAAGAAUCUCUCUCUCCGGUUUAGAUAACAUGAGAACCUGGAAAGGUGAUGUAGAAGGCCAAUCUUUAAGACACCGAGAUAAGCGGCUAAGUUUAAAUUUGCCGUGCAGGUUCUUCCCAAUGUCCCCUCCGGCUUCCACCAGCACUGAGGACAGCUACGUGCCCAUGGGCCCCCAGGCCAUCGCCUCUGCUCUCGGACCCCACUGCAGCCCUGACGACUAUAUCCCAAUGAGCUCAGGAAGCAUCUCCAGCCCAUUGCCUGAGCUCCCGGUGGACCUGGAGCCUCCCCCUGUGAAUAGAGAUCUCAAGCCUCAGAGGAAACCACGGUCACCUCCCCUGGACCUGAAAAGCCUCUCCACCAUCCGGGAACACACGUCUCUCACCAGAACCCACACUGUGCCUUGCAAUCGAACCAGCUUUCUCUCUCCAGAAAGAAAUGGUAUUAAUUCUGCAAGAUUUUUUGCCAAUUCUGUUUCCAGAGAAGAGGAACAAAGCUACAUGCAAAUGGAGGAGCACGGAGAAGCCAACUUGCUGAGCAGUGGAGCCCUGACGUGGACGAGGAAAUUCAGCCUGGAUUAUUUAGCCCUGGACUUCAACUCAGCGUCACCAGCCCCUGUGCAGCAGAAACUCCUCUUCUCAGAGGAGCAGAGAGUAGACUACGUGCAAGUGGACGAGCAGAAGACGCAAGCUCUGCAGAGCACAAAGCAGGAGUGGACGGACGAGAGGCAGUCCAAAGCGUGACGGCGCUGGGCUGCGGGCAGGGGCUCUGAGGGGGGCCGGCCCUCGUCAGCGGCCGCGCUCGCCCCUGCCGAGCCUCAGGCCGGUGCGCCGGGACGUAGACAGCUCCAUCCCGGCAGGGUGGGAGCCACCAAAGCAAAAGAGGCGUCAGAAAUCUUCUCCAGUGGAGCCUUUGACGUGCAGAUUGGAGCCAACGGGAUGACAUCUUUUGACUCCAGCGCCUGAAGUCUCGACCUCUGUCCUGUGCUUCCGCUGGAAUCAUGAAUGAUCCGAGGAGAGACGCGCCUGGACACCAUCUUGUCCCCACCCCUGAGGACACAGUGCAAGACACCAAGCCUAGGGAUGGUGGCAGGAAGACAAUGCGAGUGACAGGAGCAUUGAGUCCCGAGGUCCGGCAUGAGCCUAUCAGAUGACCCCGGUGGCUCUAGGGACAUCGUUGUGCUUAAGCAGCCGCCUGUGGCCGGGUGUCCCUUUGCUGUUGGCCUUUUCCCGGCAUGCUUUCACACGCACCGUCUCAUCUCUUCCCCUCAAAGACCUCGGAAGCUAGGCUUGGCGGCGAUCACUGCUCCCACUUCGAGGAAAACAAUACCAAGAACCAGAGAAGGGAACGCUUGGCCCAGGAUGACUCAUGGAGCGAGACAGCGAGUCCGGCUCCUUCCGCCAUCUCAUGCUGCCUCAGUCACUUAGGGUAACUUCGGAGACGCGUGCAGGCACGGGAUGACUCAUCAUCUCCUCUCCCUUUCAUAGGAUUUUGAGCAGGCGCUUUUCCACUUGAAAGGUAUGCCUGUCGAGCCAGGGUUUCUUUGUGUGGUGUCCAAACGGGGCACUCUAGCGUAAUCAGCAGUUACCAUUAGACACACCUCCCGACAAUCAGUGUGAAAUCCAUGCUUGGUUCACAUGGUCCCCUUGCCAUGUGUGUCCCAUGAGCUGGCUAGUGCUGGCAGAAGAACCUUUGCCACCCCGGGGAAAGCUAUCCCUGGCCACACUGUGCUGGACUCAAGCGUCUGAGUGAUUGUUAUGACCCAAAAAACAACAACAAACAAACCAACCAAAAACCGGUGACUUCAAGUCUCGGGUUUCCCGGCUAAUGUUUCCCUUCUGCUUUAGUGGUGACUAGCUCUGGAGCGUGCACACGUUCCCACCAUGCAAUGAGGGCAUCUUGUCACCCCUUCCUUCCUGGGGCACUGGGGUUCAGGGGACCCAGACGACAGGCUCGAUUGGGCACGGAGUUUUACUUAAUGCCCCUACCUGAUCCUUCUGAGCACCUGCAGCCAGAAGACAAAUCUGAACAACUGGGUAGUCGGCAGGUUCUGGCCCACUGCUCGGCCACGGUGUCUCAUAUACGGGGAUGGAUCACGUAGGCGGGCAGGUCUGCGGCAGCCAGGGUUAGGCAGGGCAACUGUAGGCUUUGCUGCAGGGUUUCAGGGUCUCGAACUGCUCCGAAGGUAAGUGCCAAAAUCUUGGUUUUUCAGACCAGAAAAGAAGUAAUUUUGAUGUUCAAAGCAGCACGGUCUGGUGACAUCGUUUUCUUCCCAGAGCAAGACGGGGGGCAAUUGCCAAGGGCUUGGACUAAGUUAAGAGUCCUUAGUGAGCCUGGGUGGAGCCACGAGAGGGCCCCCUGAGCCCACGGCCGGCUCCCCGGCCAGAGCCUGUAAGGAGCUGCCUUCUUCCUUCUGUGACCUGCAAGGAGUCACAGAGCCUCAGGCAGGAAUCCAGGGCUACGGACUGCCAGUUCCCAUAGACGGUGGCUUCCCUAUGUGUGGGCCACCUGUGUUUAGGUCACUGAUUGCCUGACCAAGGCCAGUGCAGAAAAACUGUUCGUCCAAGUGUCAAGUACCUCAGCAGGUUGAGGAUAGAUUGGAAUAGUAAAGGCAGCUGAAAUUUUGUCGGCAGUGAAAUGUCAUCCAGUUGACCCAAAAACAAAAAUCUGUUUCUACAAAACGUUUCCAGGGACAUACUUACUGCACGAAACAAUAGACACUUGAGCAGUGUGACUUGUUUGGAAGUGAUUAGGGAUUUAAAAAAAUAUGACUUCGCCAGGGCGUAUAGGAUUAUGUCUUGGGUGUAUGGGAUUCCCAGGGUGUAUGGGAUUAUGUCUUGCUUUGACAAAACUGCUAAUGGAUGGCUACACAAAGGCAUAAUGAUUCAGGGACACAAAAUACAGGUAGUUUUGAGCUGACGGCAGCAUAUGCUCCUGAGAAAGGCACCGUAAAUCACAACGAUGCCGGCCAAAUCUUGUUUUCCGGCAGAGGUAAUCCACGUGUAAUGGAGGGCUAUGAUUCUGAUGGGGUCUGAGGGAUUUUUGGUUUUUUUUUACCAGAAAUGAUCCCAGAUACCACUCCAAGUCAAGUACACAUGGCAUGUCUGUACACUGCGCAGAGUACACCUUUCUAGAAGAUCUGGGAAUCAACAGGACAGUGCAGCAAUUAAUCUCGCAUUAUUUUCUGUAGCUCCUUUUUGCUCCGUUUCCUUCCGUCUCCUUUCAUUAGGAAAUACUUCCAGAUCAGGGGUUUUGUCAUGCAGAAAGGGGGACCGAAGGGUCUCAAGCCUAAGUCCACAGGCCCAGGAACGUUGGGAGUUAAGCUUUCCUUGGGGAGGGAGGAGCCCUGAGGCCCAGCACACAGCCUGGCUACAAGCGCAUGGUGUGACCCUGGGGACUCAGUGUCCAGGCCACUUCACCACGCAGCAAGCAGCAGCUGAGUCGUGGCCGUUGGGUCCGGGUCGAGACUGAUGGCUCCCCUUAGGCCUGGCUUCCCCCCUCUCAAGGCCUCCUCCUCGGGCCCCGUUCAAACCACCUUUGUAUCCACAACCGUGCAGAUGUUUAACAAUUCACUACGCUUUU